AUGCAAUAUAUCUCCGUAGCGGCCACGGCGGUCUUCGCAACGUUGAUAUACUACUUCAUCGACUACAUAUUCUGGAGCAUGAUAGAGGGUUGCGUUUUCUACGCCGUUGUGUUGUACUUCUUCAAAUCGGAUACACCCAAUAACAUAGAUCCGACAGGAAAGGCUACACUCAUCACUGGAUGUGAUGCAGGGUUUGGUAAUAUGCUGACGCGAGCGCACAAGCUCGGCUUUACGGUGUUCGCUGGCUGUCUGAACGACAACACAGAGGGGCCGCGAGAACUGCAGAGCAAGUUCGAGGAGAGGAUGCACGUGCUGAAGAUGGAUGUGACGAAGGAUGGGGAAGUGAAGGAUGCCCUCAACAUUCACGGUGGAUGCCCAGUGGAGCAGUGCAGCUUGCAGUUCUACAAAAAAGUGUGUGCAGUCAAGCUGAACGGGGCCAUAAGAGUGUCCAAAGCUUUCCUGGCACUUCACGGUUUAGAAGCUUUCUCUGAUGCGUUGCGGAAAGAGAUGAGGCGAUUUGGCGUGCAAGUGAUUGAGCCAGGACAUUUCGGGGGAGCAACAGCCAUUCUUCGCGAACACAAUCUGUCGCUCGGAGUUCUCCGUGUUACCCUUUCCGAGGUUGCACAGUUGCAAGACACAUUCGGACUGUCUCAUUCCCGUUCUUUUACGAGACGCUUGAUACUUUUCUGUUAUUGCAUGCAGAUUGAUAUGUUCAGAAGGAGACUGUUUGACGGUUUCAACUCGGCCAGUGACGACGUCAGGAGGGUGUACCCACAACAACUGGCAGAACAGGUUGUCAAUGACCUGUACACCACUGCAAAGAAAUCAACGACAUCAUGCGACACCGUCCUUGACAUCAUGGAACGUCAGUUGGUUGAAGUCAAUGUCAGCCCGAGAUAUCUCAUCGGGGGAACGAAUUCACUUGUGGACUUUCGUGUGACUGCCGCCAUAGACCUGAAAUAA